UUGCGAAAUACCGCUAUGAGGAGGACAAUGCCCGAUAUAAACAGAACUGCUGCUAUACAAACACUUACUAGCAACGGGACAAAGAGCGACAGUGCUGUCUGGUGUGUGUGUUCUUUCCUCAAUUCAACAGCCCCCAGCACGACGAUGAUGGAACGCAAGCUUACCAUCCUGUACGGAAGCCAGUCCGGCACGGCACAAGAUCUGGCCGAACAGAUAUGGCGCGAAUCGAAGAUGUACUUCUUCCGCGGGAACGUUCUUCCGAUGGACGAGUACGACGUUUCGGAGCUGAUCGGAGAACGGUUUGUGGUGUGCGUCUGUUCCACCUACGGCCAGGGCGAGGAGCCUGACAACAUGAAGCGCUUCUGGAAGUUUCUGCUCCGCAAAAGCUUGCCCAACGAUUCCCUGCAGCAGGUGCACUUUGCCGUCCUCGGACUCGGUGAUUCGCGCUACCCAAAGUUCAACUACGUGGCGAAGAAGCUACACAAACGUCUGCUGCAGCUCGGCGGAAGUGCACUGCUGCCGGUUGGGCUGUGCGACGAUCAGCACGAUCUCGGAUAUGGGGCUGUUUUUCUGCCCUGGAUCAAUCAGCUGUGGGAUGAGCUGGGACGUAUUGUGCCACUGUCGGCCGGAACGCACAAGCUGCCCGAAAGCCCUCGCGAGUUCCGAUGGCAGGUGGACAUUGCAAAGGAAGGGCAUAUAACGAAGGACAUUAGUCCGGAAGGCAUCGACCUGUAUGCGGACGUAAAAAUGCCCAACGGAUUCCAAACGGUGGUGGUGGAAAAUCGACGAACAACGGCAGCGGAACACUUUCAGGACGUUCGGAUGAUAACUUUCGAGAAAAAGGCGGUGCCUUGGUGUUCAGGCGAUGUGCUAUAUGUGAGGCCGCACAAUUCGAAAGAGAGCGUGGACCAGCUGUUUGAAAUCUUCCACCAGCACGAGUUCGGCCUGGACAAGCAGACAUGUGUGCAAGUGAAAGCCAUUGAUUCCGAAAUGCCGGUACCAUCAAUUCUUCAAAAACCCCUACCGCUGGUUGCCAUUGCGGAACAGUACUGGGAUUUAACGGCCAUACCACGUGCGAGGGCAUUUGCCGUGUUGGCCAAAAACUGCUCCAACGAGCUAGAGCGCGAGAAAUUGAUCGAGUUCAGCCGUUACGAAGGUCAGGAGGAACUGUUCGCGUAUGCUAACCGACCGAGAAGGACGAUUUUAGAGGUGCUGUUGGAUUUUCCACACGCUACCAAUAGUCUCACCCUGGAGGCACUUUUUGAGCUAUUUCAACCGAUCAAACCGAGGGCAUUUUCAAUCGCCUCCGCCGUCGAAAGUGGUAAGCUGCAAAUCCUGGUUGCCGUAAUCGAGUACAAGACAAAGCUGAGCAUUCCGCGGCGUGGAUUGUGUUCACACUGGUUAAAAGACCUGCAACCUGGAAAUAUGGUAAAUGCAUGGGUACGAAAGAGCACAUUCCAACUUCCGGCCGAUAAUAAAACUCCUUUGGUAAUGAUCGGUCCAGGUACGGGUCUGGCACCGUUCCGGGGCAUUCUUCAGGAAAGGGAGCUGUCCGAAACACCUACAUCGGCACCGUUGGUACUGUUUUUCGGGUGCCGCAGCUCGACUGCCGACUUUCACUGCGAGGAAGAUCUGAAACGCAUGGAACAGAGUGGCAUGCUGCAGUUAUUUUGUGCAUUUUCUCGCGAUCAGCCGGAGAAGGUUUACGUGCAGCAUCUCAUAAAGAAGGAGGGUAUGUUGUUGAAAAAACUGCUGAUAGAGAACGGUGGAUACAAAUCACCCUUCCUGGAACCGGUGCGGCUCACACCGGCCUGGGAGGAGAACAAUCUACCAAACGAUGAGCUCAACUUCAGGGGGAUGACGAUGGAGCGGGCCAAGAUGGAGCUCAACCCGCCCCGGGACAAGCUGCGACUCGUCUUCCUCACGCUAAUGAUCCACGGCGUGGGUACGCUAAUGCCUUGGAACAUGUUUAUCACUGCCAAAUCCUACUUCGUAGACUACAAACUCAGUCAAAAUUACACAGGCGUCGAGUCGGAGUACGCCACGUACUUUCUGUCGUCCAUCGGGUUUGCUUCCCAGAUCCCGAACCUUCUGUUUAAUUGGCUCAAUAUUUUCAUCAACCUUGGUGGCAACCUCACGAAACGGAUCGUUUACAGCAUUCUCAUCGAAGUGCUGGUGUUUGUCGUAACGGUGGUGCUGGCCAUGAUUAACUCAUCCGAAUGGCCCGGUGCAUUCUUCUGGAUCACGAUGACCACGGUGGUUAUACUGAACAUGGCGGGUGGAAUUUAUCAGAACACAGUGUACGGUAUGGCGGCGAAGCUUCCGUUCAAGUAUACCGGUGCGGUCGUGCUCGGAUCCAACAUCAGUGGCACGUUUGCGUCCAUCAUCUCGAUCCUAAGCUCACAGUUUGCAUCUUCGGUCAGGACGGCCGCAAUCUACUACUUCAUUACUGCGAUGUUUGUGCUGCUGCUGUGCUUCGACACGUACUUUGCACUUCCGUUGAAUAAAUUCUAUCGCUACCAUGAGCUGCUAAAGGAGAAGGAAAUCGAAUCAAACCAGCGUGCGAACGCGGGCGCCCGCCCACCGUACUGGACCAUCUUUAAGCAAGCGUUCCCGCAGCUGUUUAACGUGUUUUUCGUGUUCUUCAUAACGCUGGCCGUGUUUCCGGCCGUCCACUCCGACAUCAAGCGCUCGGAUAGCAACUUCAUCAUCGGCGACGAUCUGUUCGUGAGUAUCUGCUGCUUCCUGACGUUCAACGUGUGCGCCAUGCUCGGCAGCCUGCUGACGUCCUGGGUGACCUGGCCCAAGCCCAAGUACCUGGUAUGGCCCGUCCUGCUGCGGGCCGCCUUUCUGCCGCUGUUCCUCUUCUGCAACUAUCAGCCGCUCAACAUUACGCGCGUCCUGCCCGUCUACAUCGAUAACGACUGGGUGUACUGGGGCAUCGGGAUCGUGAUGGCCUUCACGUCCGGAUACUUCAGCUCGCUCGGCAUGAUGUACACGCCGCAAUCGGUCGAACCGCAGUACGCAAUGACGGCGGGCAUGUUUGCCGCCGCCAUGCUGAUUACCGGCAUCUUUACCGGCAUCCUGUUCUCGAUGGUGUUCCCGAUGGUGGUGCAGUACAACUUCCUCGCCUGGCUCCACUAGGCCUGGCAUUGGGGAAUGGGCGUCUACGACGGGUACGUCUCGUAACCGUACUAAGAGGGCGCAUCCCAUUCCCAUAGCAACAACACACCCACGCUGGGUGUGUAUAUGCGUGGUCAAGUUAAAGUAACGAUCAGUGGCUGAUCAUCGUCGUUUGAACUGUGGGUUCCGUUUCUAGCUCAUCUACCAAAACCUAUAUCACUUUGUUCAGAAUGAAAGAAAGCUUUCAAACAGUCUGGAUAGUAGAUGGACGAUAGAUAGAAGGGAAGUGGAAAUCUCUACCGGUUGAGAUAUAGUUUCGCACAAAUUAAGCGUUCAAGAUCUUGUUUUCUUUGUGAGUGUUUGCUUUUUUUUUCAUUUUUUAUUAUUAUGCAUGCUUUAGCGUCGGGAGAAAUUCUCACCGUUUUGUACUUUCGGUAUCUGUGUGGACUUCUGCGGUCUGCAAAAACUGUACUACGCCGCUACUACACGACUGCGCAAAUUUCGCGUUUGCGAAAACCGUAUGCAAAACUCUACAUAAUAAUUAUAGCUCACAAACGUAGAAACAAUGUUUGAUCUUGAGUUUUGCAUACGAUUUUGGCCAACACCGAAUUUUACGCUAUCGUGUAGAAGCGGUGUAGUACAAAACAUUACUUUGUGUUUUUGAGCGUUUAUGUUCAUUAUUUUUCCAUUUUCGUUAAUUUUAUCAUAUUGCAUUGUAUGUCAUUCACAUCAACACGCUCAGUGUAUGCGUCCUUGCACUGAUAUGUAUGCUCUUUAAACGAUGAGAACAGUUAACAAUUUCAUCAAAGUGCAUCGUUUUAGUCUGAAAUUAUGAGUCAUAAAUGUUAAUCGCUAUAAUAAUGGACCCAAACACACACUUUAACACCCCAAUUAUGUAUUUGAACAACAAGUUAGUCAACGAAACCGCUUGGAUUGCAACGCUCUUUAUGGUCCAAUUGCGGUUCACGGAGAACGCUGUUAAACUCAACAUCUGAAAGGACAUUGCUAGAGGUCUGCGUACUGUUACAGAUUUCAAAUAAUUUUAGUUUUUAAGUAUAUGUUUAUAGGGGGAUUACCUCACAAAGAUGCGAGAAAAUAAUGCCGCCAUCUCGAGAUGCGGUAAAAAAAAAUACCUACAAUGAGUAAAAACUUUCGCUAUAUUUAUACAUCCCUCCAUCACACUGGAGACAUCAGCAUUUCAAGAUCAUCGAGUCAAACCUUUUGGAUAUUGCAACAUCAGCUCCGAUUUAUUGUUUAAUGUCCAUGUCAUGGAUGUAGCUUUAUGUAUCAAAAUGAUGAUGAAACUAACGAAAGAUGUCCUCAUUUAAAGACCUUCUACUGGAGAUAGUGAUUGAUUGGAUCGUAUUCUCCUCGAUAGGAAAUCAUUCAAAGCGAAAUAUCCUGCACUGUUAAUUGAAAAUUAUACAAAAAAAAAACAGCUCAUUCGCUCUUUUACGUUUAAUGUGUUUCUUAGUCACAAGCUUUGGCUACAUUUAAUUACAACUCAAGCAACGAAAGAUGUCACAUGCGCAAGCAAAAAACUAGCAACCGUCACUUUAAGCGUGCCCAAAAAAGUAACUAAGUUUUGUCUUUAAGUAUAAUAAGAGUAUAAGAGUUUAAGUAUAAGAGCAGGAGCUCAACUUGGAGUAUAAUUUUGAGUAGUAAGUAGUCGUCAUCAGUCUCGCAGACCACGAAAUUUCCAAAUUACACUGUUAAAAUUGCUUUAACAUACCGGAUCUCAUAGGACCAAGUGUCAUUUUGACAAUUCACUCAAAAAAUGGAAUGUAGACCAAAAACAUAAAUGCGGAACAGGCAAACCACCUAUGCCGUGUGUCGCACUGAUUUACUAAACAGAAAUGGUUUUAAAAAGAGGUGAUUUUAGUUCAAAGCCCCAUAAUUACGGUUCAUGUUAAUGAUGAUCUUUUUUUACCCUUUUGUUGUUGUCUAAGUUGUAACAUGUACCAAGAGCAAAUCUACAAAUGAUAGUCACCGUUUCUUCACUGUUAGACUGAUGAUUUCUGGUUUUGUCGUAGUAAACUAGUGUUUAGUUUAUGAUUUAAUAUUUUUUACAAUUUUGCAAACUUUUUAUAAUCUAAAACUGAUACGGACGUUACAGUGGACGCCAAAUUGCACUAAGAUUACGUUUAGAGUAUAAAUACGUUUUAAAAUAUCGUUUAAAAUUCGUGUGCGCUUGCAAGGGUUGGGAUUUAUUUCGCUUGUUCGAAGCAACUUACUAUUCGUUUUCUUUACGUUUUCGAAAUAAAAUGCUUGAAAUACAUACACUAACAUUUUUGUUUAUUUAAGGUAUAUUUUUACUAUCUCAUUUUUAUUAAAUUUGUUUCAAAUAUACUACACUACCUUUCACACCUUUUAGCUGAAAUCGAUAGAGAACUGUUGUGAUGAUCACGUUUAAAAAACGAAACACUUGUUUAUACGAUUACGGGAAAGAGAGCUAUCAACAAUUCCAUCAAACUGUACUACCGAUAGAGAACGCAAACGAACAUAAUCAAACUCAAAAGAAUAACGAACAAGCAACCAGAACAUUUGUUUUUUAAACAUACACUGAGAUACUAAAUUUAUAGAAGCUGACUUAAAAUCGAUAAUUAAAAGUGCUGCCGCUACCGUUGUAUUUCGUCCUUUUUAAAUCAAUACUAAUUCAUACACACCUAAUUUUCAUACACACAAGCACUAUGGAAACUUCAAUACAAGAACAAUAGGAGAGUGCAGCAGAAACAAUCGUUGUAAUAAAAUACUUCCUCAUUACAAAAAGCCACUCUUUACUACUUCUCCCGCUCUCCAGUAGUAUCCAGAAGAUACUCUCACUGCUAAAGCAUACUGAAGUAUCGAUGGAUGAAUACAAUACAGUAAGAACCAUAGCAUAAUAACACAAACGUAUUAAAUAAUUCUAGUGCGGUGCUUGUUGUUGGGAGCAGCAUAUAACUAUCAUAUAGCGAGAUAGCGUACUUGUUCGAAAUAGUUACAGGACAACAAAGUACUUUACUCCAAAUGACAAAGGACGUUGGCAGGUGUUAAUCUUUAUAUACACAUAUAUACAUAGUAUUAAAGCACAAGAAUUUAUUACGCGUAUAUAGAACGAUCAGGGGCAGGGGGAUUGUAUUAGAUAGCAAAAGAAAGGGAUCUUUUUCAACCAGAUGUGCGCUUCGUUCGCGUUAAGUAGCGCUCUCUUUCACUGAAGCAAUAUUACACACACUCACUGUGGCACACAAUUAAUCAACAACGGCAAGCUAUUCUAAAACCAAAAAAAUACAUAGCGCCUGCUCUUCUCUUAAUCUCCUCUAAACAAUUGGGCUACACAUAGUCAGGGAUUGUGGAUUAUAGUGUUGCUGUUGCACCGAUAAAACUCCCCGAUAUUGCUUAUUUCAAAUGGCUGAAGGUACGGGAGAAAGAAAAAAACCUCCAAAUCGUGUUUUAACUUAACCCAUUCAACUCAUCCAAACGCACUACGCAUAGUCACAUAAAAACCCGAUUUCUAAAAGUAUCUCUUUUGUACAAAGCAUGUUACACGUUAAACAAACUAUCUUCAACUAGAGUACAAUGUUUGCUACAAGUGAGUAAACAUGGAAGGAGUUUGAGAGUAUCGAACUGAGAUAUUUUGCAAGUAUAGUAAAUAAUAGCAAAACAACACACACAUUUUUCCCGAAACAUUUUACCAAUCUAUCUACCUAGCCACCAGUUGAUGAUGGAUGCAUUAGCGAGAGUAUAGAUAGAUUCUUUUUUAUCUAUGGGGAAUGUUGUUAUGCAAUCAAUGUUCCCCACCCUCUCUCCCUCCUCUUCUUACUUUCUACUCUUGUUAAUCAAACUCUAGCAAACGAUCAAUCAAUCAAUCAUUCUUCUUAAUACCUCAAAAACAACAUUUCGCUCAAACUACACAUAAUAUAUACCAUUUUUAUCUCGUGUCCGCACUCAGCACACACACAUAUACACAAAGAGUGCACUUAUCCAACUCUAGCUCUUCAUACUUACAUACAACAACUCAUACUGGAUAUUACCAACAGUACUUGAAAAGAUAUUGGAAAUGAAUCGUAAAUUUCGGACACUGUUUUUGAUAGUGGAAAGAAAUGGAAAUAUUAGAACAACAUUUACCAAACAACAAAUAGCGAUGGCAAAAACGAUACCAGACACAAUAAAAGUCGACGGGGAAUAUUUUCCUUGUUCGGAUGACAAUAAACACAGCAAAAA